AUGGCAUCGUAUAAAUUAAUCACGUUUGGAGUAGUUGCCUAUUUACUAUAUGCAUGGACAUUUGUAUGUCCUCCCACAACACCGUUAACAUCAACUGAUGUGCUGAAACUAUCCCCUAUUAAUUUUCACGUAUGUAAAGUGAGUGAUGGAUAUAUACGACCAUAUAUACAACCAGUUUAUGAUGCCCAAAUAAAACCGAAAUUAGUCGAAUGGGAUAAUCAAUGGCAAGUCAAUGAUCGGGUCAUACGUGCAUUGGAGAUCUAUGAUGCGUUUGAUGAGAGGUAUGGUGUGAAGGCGGGUUUAAGCUUAGUUUUUGAUGGAUUAAGUAGGUUUUAUAAUUGGUUUGAAACUUCAGUAUUGACCCAUGUUGCACAUGGGUUGAGAUUGGGAUUGAUUAAAGUUUGGUAUUGGGUCAAUAUUGCUAAGGUUAACAUAGCCUAUGCAUUGGAACCAAUUUGGGUGUUUUUACAACAAUUGCUGAAGAAAUUUGCAUCUAUACCCGUGGUGAAUCAAGUAUUAGAACAAGUGAAGGACGUUUACCGACAAUUGAUCAAUUCACCUCAUGCAAAUACCUUGCAUCAACGAAGUCAAUUCAUUCAAAAAGAAGUCAAGAAUUUAAUCAAAUUUGAUGAAUUUUCUUCACGUGAGUUUAAGUCAAAUUUAAUACAUGUGGUGAAGGACUUGUUGGGACAGAAAUAUGACGAUGAAGAUGAUUGGGAAGAUAUUACUGAUGAAGAAGAAGAGACCAUGGUCAUCACAUCGACUGUAUCAGUUUAUGAAAAUGGUGCAUUGGUAACUGAAGAAAUUGAACCAGAAUCGAUUGAAAUUUAUCAAGAAAUUGAUUAUUGGCAAACAAAAAUCAAUAAAACAUUGAGCUUAGCCAAGAUUAAUCUUGAAUCCGACUUACAACCGAUCCUAAAUAAACUGAUUGAAGAAUUGAAACCAUUGAUUAGUCAAGAGUUUCAACAAUUACAACAAGUGAAUUAUAAAGAGUACAAGGAUAUUCAUGCAAAGAUUUCUCAAAUUCAUAAAGAUGUAGAGAAGAUUCAAGCUAGUAACCAAACACUGGAGACUGUUACUAGACAAGAAAUCAGAGAUGAUAUAGCCGCUAGUUAUGAAUCAGCGAAAAAUUGUUCCAUCAAAGUUCAAGAUAUCCUUUCUUCAACGCAUGAGAAAUUAUUAGUCGACUAUUUCAAUUUGGUACAAUCAACAAUUGACAUCUUGGAAUCAUUUGCCGAUUCAUCCAUAAAUGAAUUCAAUUCAAGACUUUCCUACCUCAUAUCACAACAACCCAAUCUCGAUGAUUCUCAAAUUUGGCAAAUUUGGAAAAAAUUUCAUCAAAUCAAAGAUCAAUUUUUUCAAUUUAGAGAUGAAUUAUUGACCAAUGCUAAUCGAUAUAAACAGGAUAAUAAAACUUAUGCUAAUGAUGCUAUUGGAAUGACUGAAUGGAAUGAAUAUUUGAAAAAUGUUGAAUUUCAUUUAAAUUUUUUGAUUAGAGAUAAUGCUGAUUAUUUACAGUUGGUCCGUGCUAAAGCUAAUUUAGCUUUCCAAGCUAGAGAAGAAUUAAUUUAUGAGUUGACUAAUGGGGAAGUUGAUCUGUGGGAUAAGUAA